AUGGAGAGGAGGUUUUCGUACGCAGAGAAAGGAAAAGCCGUAGUCACCUCGCAAGAAACCGCGGUCAGAAAAAGGAUUCGAGCCCCAAACAUGGACACCACGGACCUCAUUGAGGAGAACUCCCUGACUCUCAUUGGUAGAGUUACAAACCCUAGAGAGCAAAGGAUCCGCUCCCUCAUCCCCUACUUCACCAACCGGUGGGAAAUAAAAGGAGAGAUUGAAGGCUCGGAUCUAGGAAACAACUGCUUCCAGUUCCGCUUCACUCUACUGGAAGAUCUGAAAAGAAUCUUAGCAAACAGACCUUACCAGUUCUCUAGAUGGAUGGUCGUCUUGCAAAGAUGGGAGCCCAUCAUCUCAGCUAACUUCCCGUCUCAGAUCCCGUUCUGGAUCAAACUCAAAGGCCUCCCACUCCACUACUGGAAAGAAGACCUAGUCUGCAAGAUUGGAAGAGAAGCCGGUGAACUCCUACACUUUGAGAUCUCGAAAACAGUGGCAAGAACAAAGAUCUCAGUCAAUGCUCUAAACCCUAUCUUAAAAGAAACGGAGGUGGAGUUCGCAACGGGUGAAGUGGCUUUAGUUACCUUGGAGUAUGAGCGUCUCGGUCUCCACUGCACGAUAUGCAAUAGCCUGACGCAUGAGGACAAAUAUUGCCCAGAACCACGGGAGCAACAGAGGCAGAGAUCUUCAAGCAACAACCGCCCCAGGUCUCCUGCAGGGGAAAAACAUCAAGACAAAGGGGCAAGGCCUCCUUUAGACACCCAAAGAAGAACCACCCGGGGAGAAGGAGAGCCAAAUAGAAAAGAGAAAAGAGAUAGACACGGGAACCUGAUAAUGAUAAUGGAGAAACCAGUCUAUACAAACCAAGGAAAAGAACACCGUGUAGAGACCACCAGAGAAGUGAGAGAGGAAACACCUCUGUCCAGCUACAGAGAAAGCUUUCGAACGCCUCAGAGAAGUGGGGGGAGCUCGCCUACAAAGAGAAGAGAUUACCGAGAAUACCUGGAUAGAGCAACAAGAGGAACAGAUAAUGCCAAUAGGUAUUAUAGGGAGGAAGAAAGAUGGUACCAAGGGGCUCGCAGAGGCCAGGUCACCAGACGCAGCCCCCCUCAACUCCAGUGGAGAGAAAAAGGGGGAAGUCGCACUCCGAGUCACCAAGGGGAAUCAGGAAGGUCUGAGACUUCCCGACCUCAAUCGGUAGAUAGAAGGAUGGAAGAUAGAAAUCCACCGGAGAUCCCAAUACCCACAACGGAAGAGGUGAUGCAAGAGCUCCAAGAAGUCACCAUCAGAUAUAUCAACUGCCCAGACCCGGCCGAAAGCGCUGCAAGAAGACAGAGAGUCAUGCUAUCAGAAGAACAAGGUCUAAUGGAGGAAACAGCCGCUAAUAUAAUAGCAGCAGCGACCGAGUCCUACCAAAGAACCCUAAAUUUCGAACAAGAGCAAGAGGAUGAGGAGGUACUGGAACCAAGACAGCAACAAGAUCAAAACAUCCCAGCUACUCAAGACCUUCAGAGGAAACGAAGGGGCAGACCACCAAAGAACAAGAGAGCUAGCCCGGCAGUAGGAGUAAGCCUUAGGCAAAGGAACUUGACUCAGUGCCUCAACUCACCUCAAGUCAGGGACAGUGCUAGAAGGAACACAAAAACAAGAACCCAAAGAGGGAAUCAGCGAUGUACAACUCCAAUAAACCAAAGGGACGCUGGCCCAAGCACAGAAAGGGCGAAUUCAGAGACGAACUUACCGGCUCUCUCGAGGGCAACGGAAAAUUUACGGUCUCCGCAAGAUCGGCUUCCUUAA